CUGUUGACCUCGGUUUCGCUGACUGGCCGACACCCGAGACGGUAUACCAUGUCAGUAUCUAGACAAACUGCGUGGCGCAAUCAAUGUAUUUUGUAAUUUACCUUCCCUUGAUCUUCGCUACACGCAGCUCUGCGACGUUGUUGGCCUGGGUGCCCUGUAGCCAACAUUGGUUGACUACUGUCUGCAUGUACACUCGACCAGGACGCGUCGUCCUUUCUACUUAUUACUCCGUCGACUCCACGGCACAACCCUCCUUACCCUCUAUGUUCUCUGGUUGGGAAAGUAACGCGCGGAGCCGCUGACGCACAGCACGACUUCGUCGCGAAUUGGAGCUGCCCCCGAUAACA